UCAGCCGUUUGUUCUGGUGUUGAAUGAUUGGAGAUCUGCUGCUGGAUCAGGAAGGUUUCUUUUUAUCAGCGUCGGAUCAUCAGACUAAGACUAUCCACACCUGAGCAACGUUCUCUAGGUAGAUCCUUUAGAUUUUAUCUUUAUUUUGGAAAUAACUUGUAUUAAAAUGAUUAAUAAAAUUAUAUUUUUAUGAAUAUUUUCUGAUGACAAAUAGUGUUUUUAAAGUAGUAUUUUUAAAUAAUCAACUAUAUAUAGUAAAUGAAAUAAAGGCUCACCUGUGUGUUGGGGGGGGGGCUGAUCGUGUCGUCAUUCCUCCGUCCAGGUGUCUUCUUUUUUUUCCGUCAUGCGCAGAACAAGCGUCUGUCAAGCGCGCUGAUCAACAGGUGGGGCGGGGCAGGAAACCCCGAGGGGUGUUUUUUUUUUUUCUGCUUUUGCUGAAGGGGCGGGGCCUGCGAGGAGGAGGAUGAGAUGCGCGCGAGGAAGAUCAGUCUGCAUCGGAUGCUUUGAUGAGGAAACUCCGGACGAAAGAAAAAGAAGCGCCGAACUGAUCAAAGGAAACAUCAAAGGGCCGAACAGAGAAAGGAGAUCCUGGUGCGCGCGCGCGGGCGAAUACAGGUGUCCAAACCACCUGAUGCUGGUCACCAGAGCCUGAACCCGCCUCAGACUCACAAACAACCAUGGCCAACAGCCGCUUGGACCCGCCCAUCCUGACAGAGCAGGAGGAGUUACAGAGGAGAGCCAAUCAGGUCACAGAUGAGUCUCUGGAGAGCACUCGGCGGAUGAUUCAGUUGGUGGAAGAGAGCAAGGAUGUCGGCAUCAGAACUGUGGUGAUGUUAGACGAGCAAGGAGAGCAACUGGAGCGCAUUGAGGAGGGCAUGGACUCCAUCAACAGAGACAUGAGAGAGGCUGAGAAGAACCUGACAGACAUGGCCCAGUGCUGUGGUCUGUGCUUCUGGCCACUCAGGAAAUUGAAGGCUUUUGAAGAGAGUGGGGCGUACAAGGCCGUUUGGGGCGGAGCCACGAGCCAGGACGGCGUGGUGUCCAACCAGCCGCCGUCGUCGCGCGUGGUGGACGAGCGGGAGCAGAUGAUCAUGAGCGGAGGAUACAUUCGGAGGGUCACCAACGACGCCCGCGAGGACGAGAUGGAGGAGAACCUGGCCCACGUGGGCAGCAUCGUGGGGAACCUGAAGAGCAUGGCCCUGGACAUCGGCAACGAGCUGGAGUCCCAGAACAAUCAGAUCGAUCGCAUUCGGGACAAGGCCAACCUCAACGUGUCCCGCAUCGACGCUGCCAACCAAAAAGCCAACAACCUCAUGAAGCGAUAGGGGAGCUCCUCACAUUCCUACAAAGAUUUUCACCCUUUUGAUUAGAGACGGGGAAGCAGCAUCUUAGACGGCGUCAUUUUUACAAUAUUUUCUCAAAGAGCAGCAGAUUUGUUACGUUUUGGUUAAUAAUCCCAAAGGGGAAACUGUGUCGCUACAUUUAGAAACCUCAGAAAAUCAACAUUUAUUUACAAAAGAAACUAAAAGUUUUGCCUUCAGUUUGGUUUCCAUCACCAGCCUUUUUGAACAAGUCUGAGUGCAGCUACCACGUGUGUGCUGGCGCCCUCUGUCGGCGCAGUGGGGUACUGGUCACUGCGAGGAAACACGCAUUUUCCUCAGAGGAGACCCUCUGGCGACACCUGGUGGACACACGUGGAACUGCUUCUCCAUCUUCUGACAUGGAGGUGAAGUGAUGGAGGAGACACGUUUGGGGGGAGGGGGGCGACACGAUAUGAAUCUUCAUGUAAAAAUAUUUAAGUUUUUAAUUUGCAGGUUUUCAAAACUAUGAACAUUUGUUUAUGUUAGCGGUGUUUCAGUUGUUACAUGACUGCAUCAUUUUUAUGUACAUUAGAAAACUGUGGAUACGGUGAAGUAACGAACACUUAAACUGACCUCUUUUCUUUAUUCACAUCAACUUUCUGUCAAUUUGACAUCAAUUAAGGCUGUAAAUGGCUUGUUUUUGACUGCAUAAAUAAAAUAAACAA